CAAAAAAAUUCGAUUAAUUCUUAAAUCCAAUUCCACCGAUCGGAUCAAAUCGCUGGUUCUUCUUCUUGUUCUUCGUCUUCCUGUUUUGACGUCGUUCGUUUUGGCGAGUUCUUCCGAUCAACCGUGGCUUCGUCAGGGUCAUCUGGUCUGUCUCGGAGAAAACCUUCGUCUUCCUCUUCUCCUCCGUCGCCGGGGCCGACGAGGAUCGUCUACAGAGAGAGAGUUCCGCCGUCGCAUUGCGAUUUGCCUUUCUGGCAGCGAAACUGGUUCAUCGGCUUGCUUUUCGUCAUGGCCAUCGGCUUCUUCGCUCUUGCGCUUUUUCUCUUCCUCGGUCUGGAUCUCGACCGUGGCUCUCUCUCGUCCGCCUCUGCUGCGUCCUCCGAGGGCGUUGAGAUUACGUACGGGUCAGUUAUAAAGCUAAUGCACGAGAAAACCAAAUUCCGUUUGCAUUCUCACGACGUGCCUUAUGGUUCUGGCAGUGGGCAACAGUCGGUCACCGGGUUCCCAAAUGUUGACGAUUCCAAUAGCUAUUGGAUAGUAAGACCUCAGCCAGGGAUCGGUGCAAAACAGGGUGACACCAUUAAAAGUGGGACAAUUAUCAGAUUGCAACACAUGAGGACAAGGAAAUGGCUGCACAGCCACUUGCAUGCAUCCCCAAUAUCGGGAAAUCUGGAGGUUAGUUGCUUUGGUGGAGAUUCUGAUUCUGACACUGGUGAUUACUGGAGACUUAUGAUCGAAGGGAGUGGGAAGACAUGGAAGCAAGAACAGAAAAUUCGACUCCAGCACAUCGAUACUGGUGGCUACCUGCACAGCCACGACAAGAAGUACAGCCGCAUAGCUGGGGGGCAGCAGGAGGUGUGUGGAGUGCGAGAAAAGCGCGCUGACAAUGUGUGGUUGGCUGCAGAAGGCGUUUACCUGCCCGUUACCGAGACAAAGUAGAAACAUUUUGGUGAGAUAAGAGUUGUAUUAAUUAACUUUGAAAGUUAGGCUACUAGAUCUUUUUAAUGUUAAUGUUGAGUAACAGACUGGUACGUGUUGAGCUGAUUACUUAAAACUGUCGAUGAAGAAGUUCAUAGAUUGCUGCUAUUCUAAAUAGGGAUGGUAAUUCAGUUCAA